ACCUUUUCUACGCAAUCCAUGGGGUCAUUCAACGAGUGACCUACAUCUCACUUUCAAAGACCACUACACAUACAUAAAUAGACAAACUUGAAUAUGCCGACGGGAGCGCCCUCCGGCACACGGACUCAGACACAAACAAUCCAGAUACCAGAUAUACCCACCCUUCAUCUUCGUGCUUCAGCUACCCCCGAACAAGAAUCUGAAGAAAAUACCAACUCUAACAAGAAGACGAAAAAAAAAGUUUCGUGGGAAGAAGAUGUCGUAGAUAAUGAGAAUAUGGGAAAGAAAAAGACAAAGAUCUGUUGUAUAUUCCACCCACAAGAUGAAGACGCAUAUGAGGUUGAAGAUGGGUCUUCUUCCUCUAGCUCAAGUUCGAGCUCUUCUUCGGAAGACGAAGGAGAGAUAAAGGAUCGUGCAGAACCUAAUGCUUAUGAAAGGCAACCAAAAUAUAAAAAAAAGAAGAAAUUGAGCAAGGAAUCUUCGUCUGAUAAUCAUCAUAGCCAUUCUCACGGACCUGACAAUCAUGCACAUUUCGAAUCUCAUUCACACACGCAUUCUCAUUGAUUAUAUUAUAUAGGACCUUUUAAUACGAAGUAUAAUCAUUUUACCUAAUAAGAAGUACAAAACUAAUAACUAAUCAGUCAAAUAAUUUAAAUUUAAUUCGUAUCUCAUCAGAUAUUAAUUUCCAAAUUGAUCAAAAGAGUGUAAACCUCCCUAGGCAUCUUGUACUUGAUUAACCCAGCAUAUAUCAUACAAUUUUUGGAGAUUUGCUUCAAAUCGUAAAGUUUGGCAUCGUUACCCAUCGAUGAGUAAGUCAGAGAGGAAAUUAGCUUUUGCAAACAAGUCAUUUCAAUAAUUAGCAACUUUGGUAUGUUCUUCAUAAUACAUUCAUCAUAAUUGCUGAACUCGUUUAUGUAGUUCCUGAUCUUC